AUGGUGAAAUCAAGGGUUGUGAUUAAGAAAGAAGAUAGAGGGGAAGAUGAUGAUGAAGAUGAUGGGAUUGUUAUAAUCAUGAUGACGAAGUACAACAAUCAGAUUGGCGAUAUACCAAAAAGAACAAGUAUCAAAGUGAAGAACCAACCUUUGACAAGUGUCAGUUUUACGGGAUGGAGAUACCCGCAGAGGAAAUGGAAGGAGUGGGUUGCAAAAAUGGCUUCCUUACAGGAGUCCACAUGGAAGAAAGCUGAAAUUCGAGAAGCUAUCUUGAAUUCUACGUGUGAGAUUCAUAGAAACAAUGAUUUGGUUUAUGGGGUUGCACAGAGAUGGAAAACAUAUAUGGAGAAAUCUAAGGUUAUAAGUAGAAAAGAAGAUAGAGGGGAAGAUGAAGAUGAAGUAAUUGUUAUAAUGAUGAUGAUGAACUACAACAAUCAGAUUGGGGAUAUACCAAGAAGAGCAAGCAUUAGAGGUUUGGUUGUGCAAAACGAAGAUGGUGAAAUUCAACAAGGUGGACGUGGUAAUGUUGUCGGCAAUAAUUUGGAGCCGAUUACUGACAUUGGUGGAAAAGGUCAAGUUUGGCGAAGCCGUGACGGAGGACCGGAGAGAGCCGUUGAAGAUGCAAACCAAAGUACUCCAAGUCUUGCUUGCAAAACUCUCGGCACUAAUCACACCGGAGAAGGUAGUAGCUAUAAAGUUGAUCGGAUGCGAUGGGCGGCGCUUCAAGCUUAUGUUGAAGAGUGUUUGACCGAGAUGAUUACACGAAUAAAAACAAAAAGAUUAAGACUAAAAUUGUCAACCUAG